CAUGGCCUCCACCUCUAUCGACUUCACUCCCUUCUCCUCUCUUCGUCUUCCUAGCCUUAUCGUAGAGUGGUAGGUAGCUGCGCAGAUGAGGAGCUCCACGUCGCUCGCGGCGGCGGCGGCGCUGCUGCUGCUGCUGCUGGUUUCUCUAGCGGCCGCGGCGGACAUGUCGAUCGUGUCGUACGGGGAGAGGAGCGAGGAGGAGACGCGGCGGGUGUACGCCGAGUGGAUGGCGCGCCACGGGAAGGCCUACAACGCCGUCGGCGAGGAGGAGCGCAGGUACCAGGUGUUCAAGGACAACCUCCGCUACAUCGACGCCCACAACGCCGCCGCCGACGCGGGCGUCCACUCCUUCCGCCUCGGCCUCAACCGCUUCGCCGACCUCACCAACGAGGAGUACCGCGCCACCUACCUCGGCGUCAGGCCCACACCGCAGAGGGAGAGGAAGGUCAGCGCGAGGUACCACGCCGAUGACAACGAGGCGCUGCCGGAGUCCGUCGACUGGAGGAAGAAGGGCGCCGUCGCAGAGGUCAAGGACCAGGGCAGCUGCGGGAGUUGCUGGGCUUUCUCAGCGAUAGCAGCCGUGGAAGGCAUCAACCAGAUUGUUACAGGCGAUAUAAUCUCGUUGUCUGAGCAGGAGCUUGUCGACUGUGACACAUCAUACAACCAGGGGUGCAAUGGAGGUCUGAUGGACUACGCAUUUGAGUUCAUCAUUAAGAAUGGUGGAAUCGACACCGAGGCUGAUUACCCUUACAAGGGUUUGGACAAACGUUGCGAUGUCAACAAGAAAAACGCGAAGGUUGUUACAAUUGACAGCUACGAAGAUGUAACACCGAACAGUGAGAAGAAUCUGCAGAAGGCGGUCGCAAACCAGCCCAUCAGUGUUGCAAUUGAGGCUGCUGGCAGAGCAUUUCAAUUAUAUAGCUCGGGUAUCUUCACUGGAACCUGCGGAACAGCUCUGGAUCACGGUGUCACAGCCGUUGGCUAUGGCACGGAGAACGGCAAGGACUACUGGAUCGUGAAGAACUCGUGGGGCAGCAGCUGGGGCGAGUCCGGCUACGUCCGCAUGGAGCGCAACAUCAAGGCGUCCAGCGGCAAAUGUGGCAUCGCCGUCGAGCCGUCGUACCCCCUCAAGAAGGGCGCGAACCCGCCGAAGCCCGGCCCGACGCCGCCGUCCCCCACCCCAUCGCCGACCGUCUGCGACAACUACUACUCGUGCGCGGAGAGCACCACCUGCUGCUGCAUCUACGAGUACGGCAAGUACUGCUUCGCGUGGGGCUGCUGCCCGCUCGAGGGCGCCACCUGCUGCGACGAUCACUACAGCUGCUGCCCUCAUGACUACCCCGUCUGCAAUGUCAAGCAGGGAACCUGCCUCACGGGCAAGGGGAGCCCACUGUCAGUGAAGGCUCUGAAGCGCACUCUGGCCAAGCCUCACUGGGCUUUCUCUGGCAAUGCAGCUGAUGGCAUGAAGAGCAGCGCAUGAGCAAUCGCAGCAUUGUCUUAGGCCGUCGACAACAACGGUGAUUAGCUUCUGCCAGUGAUAACCUGGCGCUUGACGAAAAAAGCUCAGCGCGGCGGUCGCUGUUUAAGUAUCCGCGUAUAAUAGGUGCUCGUGUACAUAAGCCUGAAAAAAUGGAUUCAGUUGUUUACAGAAACGGCAAAUUUGCUUUUGCAUAUAUAUGUAAAAUUCAACUAGCUUUGCUAAGUUCCUCAGGGCGCAUUUCGACAAAACUGCGAUUGAUGUUUAUGGAAAUUGAUAUUGGAACAAGAAGCAAUGGUUAUGCUAUAUUCAUUUCUUUUGGAA